AAGAAAUCCUGCGCAUGUUUGAUCCGCAAAAACACAAGAAGCAACGUCACGUCUAGCUGUCAUGGCGCUGUACAGCAGUCAAUGCUGACUUUUUGAGUAGACCACUGGCUGAAGAAAUCGACACGGUUUUACUUAUAGAAGGGGUACAGUACAUUUAAACGCAAUAAUCUUGGUUUGGUGAAUAUCUAUAGAAGCAAUCAGGUAAUUGUAAUAAGACAACAAUAUCUAAACGCAGUGUCAGAGUCAUUGCUAACUAGCUAAGCUAGCUAGCGAGCUAAUGUAACCAGCAUGCAUUGUUGCAAUGUGUUGACAACUUCUUGAUUCUCAGUUGCGGUAGCUAUAACGUUGUCUAGCUACCAAUAGCAUAGCUCUGUAAAACAUGAAGAAUGUGGUAUCAUAGACAAACAUAAAGCUAUGUGCAUUCCAUCCAAUGAUUUAUACAUACACUACAUGACUGAUAGGGGGCGCUGUGUUGAAUCCACUGUGCCUCCAUUACAUUUUACAUUUUAGUAAUUUAGCAGAUGCUCUUAUCCAGAGCGACUUAUAGUUAGUGAGUGCAUAAUUAUUUUAUUUUUUCAUACCCCCGGUGGGAAUCGAACCCACAACCCUGGCGUUGCAAACGCCAUGCUCUACCAACUGAGCUACAUCCCUGCCGGCCAUUCCCUCCCCUACCCUGGGCCAAUUGUGCGCCGCCCCAUGGGUCUCCUGGUCGCGGCCGGCUACGACAGAGCCUGGAUUCGAACCAGGAUCUCUAGUGGCACAGCUAGCACUGCGAUGCAGUGCCUUAGACCACUGUGCCACUCCAUCUUGGCACUCCCCCAACAGGUUUUGGCACAUUUAUUCUAUUGCGGACACCAUAAUGUACAUGUGUCAAACUAAUUCCACAGUGGGCCGAGUGUCUGCAUGUUUUCGCUCCACCCUUGUACUUGAUUGAUGAAUUAAGGUCACUAAUUAGAACUCCCCUUACCAGGUUUUCUAGGUCUUAAUUGAAAGGAAAAAACUACCUGCAGACACUCUGUACAAAUCAUUCAUUUUACAAAUUCUCAUGACAAUGCAUCAUGCAAAUUAGUUAGAGAACCCAAGGGGGACCCACUACACGGGGACCCCUCAGGGGUCUGUGCUUAGUCCCCUCCUGCACUCCCUGUUCACCACGACUGCGUGGCCACGCACGACUCCAACACCAUCAUCAAGUUUGUUGACGACAAGACGGUGGUAGACCUGAUCACCGACGGCGAUGAAACCGCCUACAGGGAGAAUGUCAGAGACUUAGCAGUGUUGUACCAGGACAACCACCUCUCCCUCAUCGUCAGUAAGACCAAGGAGCUGAUCGUGGACUAUAGGGGUAGAGCACUCCCCCAACCACAUCGACAGGGCUGUUGUGGAGCGGGUCGAGAACUGUAUCACUGCAUGGUAUGGCAAAUGCACUGCCUUCGACCGCAAAGAGAUACAGAGGGUGGUGCGGACAGCCCAGUACAUCACUGGGGCCGAGCUCCCUGCCAUCCAGGACCUCUAUAUCAGGUGGUGUCAGAGGAAUGCCCAAACAAUUGCCAAAGACUCUAGUCACCCAAGCCAUAGACUGUUCACUCUGCUACUGUCCGGCAAAUGGUACCGGAGCAUCGGCUCUCGGACCAACAGUCUAUGAGACAGCUUCUACCCCCAAGCCAUAAGACCGCUAAAUAGUCAAACUGCUAAAUAGUCAAUUAAUGGUACCCAAACUAUCUGCACUGACCCUAUGCACACUCACUAGACUAUAUAUAUAUAUAUAUAUAUAUAUAUACUCACUCACACACACAACCCACACAAAUUCACAUUUCACACACUAUAUACGCAUACCGACACAACACAAACGCAUACACAUUACGCACACACUUUUACUCAUCAUUAGCUGCUGCUACUCUGUUCUUUAUUUUACUCUUAUUAUCUAUCCUGAUGCCUAGUCACUUUACCCUGCCUUCAUGUACAUAUCUACCUCAAAUACCUUGUACCUCUGCACAUUGAUUUGGUACUGGUACUCCCUGUAUAUAGCUCCAUUCUUUUGUAUUUUAUUUUAUUCCUUUUGUGUUACUAUUUUUAUUAUUAUUUUAAAACUCUGCAUCGUCGGGAAGGGCUCGUAAACAAGCAUUUCACAAUUGUCUACACCAGUUGUAUACGGCGCAUAUGACAAAUAAGAUUUGAUUUGAAGGCCACCGGGUCCCCCUCUUGGGUUCUCAGCUGAAGGUAUGGACCACAGCUGGCUCCAUUUGAACUAAAAUCCCGACACUCUGUUUUAACGUUUAGAAACAUUAUUAAUCCUCGCAUGCGAUACGGUUUUGGAAACCUUUGGAACUUAAAUCAAAUGUUUAUUGGUCAAAUACACAGUUUAGCAGAUGUUAUAGCGGGUGCAGCGAAAUGCUUAUGUUACUAGCUCCUAACAAUGCAGGAAAAUGUCAAACAGGUACACAAAUAAUAAAUACACAUUUUGUAGGCAAUUUGGACCUUAUGGCUGUGGAAUCUAGUGGAAACUCGCGCUAAGAGCAUUAUUUUUAUACCUCAAUGGCUAAAAGAGAAUCUGGCACGAGCAAAUUACCAGUGAGAAUUCACAAUCUGUGAGCUUUAUCAUGCUGUGACUUCAAUCACAAGCGUAAAAAAGCGAAUCAUUUGAUUGUGAGCCAUAGCCGCGGGAAGUAGUUUGGGGGUUGGGUUGUUGCGAUUUAUUAAUUUAUUAUUUUAUGCCCGCACUACAGGCGGCUAUAUCGGUCCACUAAUACAGGACUAGUAAAGGUCCAGUGCACUACUUUUGUAAAAAUGUAUUCGUAUUUCUUUUUUUAUUCUGAUUUUUCAGGGGGUGCUGCAGCACCCUCAGCACUCCUACUUCCCGCGGCUAUGUUGUGAGCUAUUUCACGCUGUGAACAUUUUUACUUGACACCGGGCAGUGUCGCAUCAGGGCAUUUGCCUCAGGCAGCAUAUAGAUAUGUGGAAUGACACAAUGGAAUUGGAGUCAUGAUAAGGACUACAUGCAAAUAUACUGUAGGUGUUCUUGUGAAGACUUAUUGAAUGAAGCGUUGUGGAUAGUUAUCCGUUUAGCUUUCCUAUAAAAUUCUCUCCCUAAUUGCUUUGUCAAGGAUGGCGGAGCCAGGCUCAAGCGACCCUGGUGGCCCCUCUAGCACUCCGGCAACGCCCGGAGGGAGUGGAAGGGGGUUGGUGAUGGGACGCCGGCUUCCAGCUACCCUCUCCACCGGCCGCUUCCCUUCCAUGCGCGCCAAAGACCUCACCUUAGGAGGGGUGAAGAAGGUAGGCUCAGUGAAUUGUAUGGUGUUUUUAAUGAUCUAUCACCAGCGCUUGUGCAUUUGUUUAACUAAGUCCAUCUUGACUCCCAUGUUUUAUAUUUCAGAAAACCUUCACCCCUAACAUUAUUGGCCGAAAAGCUAAAGAAGAGUAAGUUGUUGUUCUUUCUGUGACGAUAUGUGAUUACAUGAUUCUGAAAUGUUUUCCAGCACAUACUAAAGGACCAUAUGUUGACAGCGGAGUUUUACUUUCUUCUACUAUAGGCAGAAGGUUGAGGCUGGGCAAAGGAGGGAAAGGAGAGAGAAUGAUCGGGGUCGUGAGCGAGGUGGUAGAGGUGGUCGGGGCCGAGGACGUCCAGAAGUCAUCCAGUCCCACUCCAUCUUUGAGCAAGGGCCUGCAGAGAUGAUGAAGAAAAGAGGUAGGAUCGGAGUCAUUCAUUCAACUGGAAUUCCAUAACAUUUUGUUUUAUGGUAUCAUUACCAUAUUGGUGUAUCAUUACGUUUUUGUGGUCCUCUGUAGCUCAGCUGGUAGAGCACGGCGCUUGUAACGCCAGGGUAGUGGGUUCGAUCCCCGGGACCACCCAUACACUAAAAUGUAUGCACGCAUGACUGUAAGUCGCUUUGGAUAAAAGCGUCUGCUAAAUGGCUUAUUAUUAUUAUUAUUAAUAUUAUUAUUAUUAACCCCUACGUUUCUUCCUGUGCUCUAUCCAGGCGGCUAUGAAGGUGAGAGAGAUGCACCAAGUGUGGGUCCCUCACCCAUUAUCAACAUCAAGAAGGAGAAGAGGGAGACUGAGGAAGAGACCAAAGAAAUUUUGCGCAAUCUGGAACGAGACAAUGUGAGUACUCCAUGUACCUAUGUCUCAUACUGUCGGCCUGUACAUGAAUUGUCUAUUUCCUUGUCCACUUAUGAGUAAUUUGCAACUAAUUUCCACCAGUUCCUGGAUGACCCUCACCUAAGGAGUGAUGUAAGGAGCUGUCCUGUUCAGCUGCCCCUGGCUGUGUCAGGGUGGGGAUUCAAGGAGGAAAGUGAUGUCACUGAUAUAGCCUCCAAAUCAGACAAGACUGAGGAGGACAGUGAGAACAUGGAGGGAACAAAUGCAUUCAAAGGUAACUAUAAUCACAGCUCUUACAUCGUCAACAUUCAUUUUUUUUUUUUUUUUUAGUCAUUUAGCAGACGCUCUUAUCCAGAGCGACUUACAGUUUAGUGAAUACAUAUAUAUAUUUUUUUUAUUUUUAUACUGGCCCCCCGUGGGAAUCGAACCCACAACCCUGGCGUUGCAAACACAACCUUUGGCUGCUCAUAGUUGGUUAAAAUUGUAUGAUGCACAACAGAUGAUGACAUCAGUGUCUAUGGAUGAUGUUACCGGAAACACUUAUCAACUUCUAUCUUUUUUACUACAAAACAUAGAAAUCUGACACACUAUAUAAAUUCAUGUCAGUUCAAAUUAAACAAAAUGGCAAAGCAAUGGACUCUAACUGUCUAGGCCAUUUGUCUCCCUCCCUCUCUCUUCAGUGAAGCAGGAGCCAGAAGAUGCUCCAGAGGUUAAGAAGAUGGAACCCACUUUCAGACCUCCUCCACUCCCUGAGCCUGAAGUUUUACCUGAGCUGCUGGAGACCUGGAGUCAGAGCAAAGAGGAGGAGCUGUUCUUCAUCCAGCUCCCUGACUCUCUACCAGGGCAGCCGCCCACCCAAGAGGUCAGGCCAGUGAAGACAGAGAUGCAGUCAGAGGAUGGACAGUCCAUGCUAUUGAAAACUGAAUCUCAAGUAGGUAUUCAGGUGUAUGAAAUAUGUGGUUCAGACAGUAAGGCUACUGUGUACACUAUAUACGAUCAGUUUGUUUGUGUGUCUGUCCUCUGUGGAAUAGGAGGAGGAGCAGGAAGAAAACAGUUGCCAUCUGAGGGACCUGCAGGAGGGUCUGGUGGGACGACUGUUGGUUCGGAAGUCUGGUCGAGUGCAGCUCAUACUGGGGCAUGUCACACUAGAUGUGGCUCUGGGAACCUCAUGCGCUUUCCUCCAGGUCAGAGAAAACACAACCUUUGGCUGCUCAUAGUUGGUUAAAAUUGUAUGAUGCACAACAGAUGAUGACAUCAGUGUCUAUGGAUGAUGUUACCGGAAACACUUAUCAACUUCUAUCUUUUUUACUACAAAACAUAGAAAUCUGACACACUAUAUAUACAAAAGUAUGUGGACACCCCUUCAAAUUAGUAGAUUCUGCUAUUUCAGCCACACCCAUGCAAUCUCCAUAGACAAACAUUGGCAGUAGAAUGGCCUUACUGAAGAGCUCAGUGACUUUCAACGUGGCACCGUCAUAGGAUGCCACCUUUCCAACAAGUCAGUUCGUCAAAUUUCUGCCCUGCUAGUGUAAGUGCUGUUAGUGUGAAGUGGAAAUGUCUAGGAGCAGCAACGGCUCAGCCGCGAAGUGGUAGGCAACACAAGCUCACAGAACGGGACCGCCGAGUGCUGAAGCGCGUAGCUCAUAAAAAACAUCUGUCCUCAGUUGCAACACUCACUACCGAGUUCCAAACUGCCUCUGGAAGCAACGUCACCACAAUAACUGUUCUUCGGGAGCUUCAUGAAAUGGGUUUCCAUGGCCGAGCAGCCACACACAAGUCUAACAUCACAAUGCCAAGUGUCGGCUGGAGUGGUGUAAAGCUUGCUGCCAUUGGACUCUGGAGCAGUAGAAAUGCAUUCUCUGGAGUGAUGAAUCACGCUUCACCAUCUGGCAGUCCGACGGACGAAUCUGGGUUUGGCGAAUGCCAGGAGAACGCUACCUGCCCUAAUGCAUAGAGCAACUGUAAAGUUUGAUGGAGGAGGAAUAAUGGUUUGGGGUUGUUUUUCAUGGUUCGGGCUAGGCCCCUUAGUUCCAGUGAAGGGAAAUCUUAACGCUACAGCAUACAAUGACAUUCUAGAUGAUUCUGUGCUUCCAACGUUGUGGCAACAGUGUGGGGAAGGCCCUUUCCUGUUUCAGCAUGACAAUGCCCCCGUGCACAAAGCGAGGUCCAUACAGAAAUGGUUUGUCGAGAUCGGUGUGGAAGAACUUGACUGGCCUGCACAGAGCCCUGACCUCAAUCCAUCGAACACCUUUGGGAUGAAUUGGAACACCGACUGCGAGCCAGGCCUAAUUGCCCAACAUCAGUGCCCGACCUCACUAAUGCUCUUGUGGCUGAAUGGAAGCAAGUCUCCGCAGCAAUGUUCUAACAUCCAGUGGAAAGCCUUGCCAGAAGAGUGAAGGCUGUUAUAGCAGCAAAGGGGGGACCAACCUCAUAUUAAUGCCCAUGAUUUUGGAAUGAGAUGUCCACAUACUUUUGGUCAUGUAGUGUAUGUUGGUGAUGAAUUUGAUGUUAGAAAAAGAGUGGAAUUUCCCUUUAAAUCUUCACUUAUCUGUAGUUGUAUGUAAACAUACAGUUGUAGCCAAUUAAAUUGGCACCUUUUGCACUUUUCUUAAAUAAGUUGAAAUUGAAAAACACUUUUGGUCAUCACACCUUCUUAUUGGAUCUUCAACAUUGAGGAGACAAUUUAAUUUUUUAAAACUUAUGUAAUGGACAAAUUUAUUGCCACCCCGGAGCUAGUACUUGGUUUGCAUAUCCUUUGGCCAAAGUAACUGCAGAAAUACGCUUAUAGUAGCCAUCGGUAAACUUGCUUCACCUUUCUACUGACAAUUUGGCCCACUUUUCAGCAGCAAACUGCUCAACAUAGGUUUUGGAUGUGAUUCAGAUCAGGAAUCAUUGCUGGCUACUCCAGAACAGUCCAGCAUCUCUUCUUAACAAUUCCUGGGUGCUUUUUGAUGUGUGUUUCGGGUCAUUGCCAUGCUGGAAGACCCACAACCUUCAAUGGCGACCCAGUUUUUAGACACUGGGUUGAACAUUGGACCACAAAACACCUGAUACUCUGCUGAUUCCCUGAUGCCUUUUUUUUCAAAUUCAACUUAUUUUACACAAAAUUGGGAAUUAUUUAAGCGAAGUGCAAGGGUGCCAAUAUAAUUGCCCCACCCCACCCCCUUAGGAGCUGGUGUCAGUUGGAACAGGAGAGGGCCGGACUGGUGACUUGUCAGUGCUGGGACACAUCAAACACAAAUUGGUUUGCUCGCCAGACUUCGAAGCCCUGCUGGAGAACAGAGUAUGAUGAACCAGGACUGGACGAACAGGACAAAUAUAAGCACCCACUAUUAGACCAGGGUUUCUACAGGACAGUGGGGACCACAUCCAGAAAAACACACAGACAUGCAGUGCUGUAUAAGGACAGUAGUACCACAAGCAGACAUUGCACCUAAAUCCUAUACAUGUUUUUUCAGGUGUCCAUUGUUGUACAUUGGCCCUGGAUAGUUUCAGGAUGUGUAAUAGAAAGUAUUGUUACACAGAUUUCCUACCACUAGUUUGUCAGAAAAGAUGGCCUGUUUACAGAACAUUGUAUUUAUUUUUCUCUGCUGAAAGUAAUGGGGGAAGAUUCCCUUGUUUGAGAUGUUUAAAAAAGGUGUGCUAAAUGACUCCAAUAAAGGGAAGGUACAGUAUUCUCUCAUUAAAAAUGAUUAGCCUACAUGAAUGUGCCAAAUUCCAAAUGUCUUAUGUAGUGGUAAAAAAUAUAGGUGGGUAAACUCUGAUUGCCGGUUGCGGUGUAAAAAUGUACGUUCCCUAUACUUUCAGUUAAUUUUUCUGCAAAAGGUGGGUAAACUGUCAGUCAAAAAAGGUGGGUAAACUGCAUUUACUUGCGUUUACCCUCCACUACGCCAUCAGGUCUAAGCUUGGGAGGGGUAAGUGGAUAAGUAAUAUUGCCCCUGUGGUAUCUUGUAAACACAUACCUAAAUUAUUGGACGUAAGAUGA